UUGUCUUCCUUCCUAACAGGAACCUCAACGCUUGCCCUGAGCCUGUCAUGUGAUCAGGUUGACCUCUGACCUCCCUGGUCACUGUGGGCUCGGUGGUCCGCAGUCAGCGCAGACGGUCAGGCGGUCCGUUUGAUGGAGGCAGACGUAGCCAUCCAGCACCAGGCCGGAGUUGACCAGUGGUCACCCAUGGCCGAAGCAGCCUAUGCCACCUCCGCCACUCAGGUCGGCUACUUCCACAGCGUCAGCGGCAAGAUGCCAGGCGGCGGCGGGGAGGCGAGAGGGACGAACCCGGCGGUGGCGUUAUCUCGACGCCAGGCGGCAGCAGCGGCCAAGUCGCGUCUGCGAGCGUCCCGGUCCUACGACGAUGAGCUGGAGGUUGUGGCAGUUGCGCCCGACGCCGGCGCGGCGAGAUCUGCCAAGGCUAAGGCAUCCAAGGACGACAUGAGCCUGCAGCAGGCGGUGGGAAAAUCCCGCCUACCUGGACUAGCCAGACCGUCAGGGUCACCCAGCCCGGCCAACUCCCCGUCGCUCAGUCACAGCGGCGGCGGCGGCAACACGCGAAUCAGGACGGACAACAAGUCACGGAAAACUGCCGCCGAGUGUGGUCUUGAAGGGAGGAAGAGCAACUCGAAAGAGAGACCUGGAGGCGGCAGACAGACGCGGGGACAGCGCAGGAGACACCGUGGCGGUGAAGGAGGUGGGAAGAGCGGCGGCAGUGGGAGCGAGCAGAAGACACGCGGUGCUGAAAGCGCCCCGGCCCCUGCCACUGUGGUGCACACCACUCACGUGGGCGGGGACGACAUGCCUGUACAAUAUUACCUCAAGGACACUCCCCCGGGACUCAAACCCGACUCACCUGCCACGCACCCGAACAGUCUGGAUCUGGAUAGCAGCUCUCCCUCCUCCUCUAUGGUGAUUCUUGAGGUCAAGGACGGACCGAGGCUCUUCUACAAACCUUCCCACCACAUGCUGUCCGACUCGGCCCUGAGCGAAGACGGUUCCGCUCGACUCUCUUCCUGCCUCGCGGCGAAAGUCAGACGCGAUGACCCUGUCAGUGCCUCGCCACAACAGCAGCAGCAAAUGGAUGCGAAGCCCAGCGCCAGCGUGUCGGCCCGUGCAGCGUCGCCUCAAGACAGCUUCACGGCAUCAUCACGCGGCGGGCUGUCCAAACCUUCGCCCCUCGCUGUGUCCGAGUCGCCCUCGUCCUCUCCCUCUGUGGGUCGCGUGACCAUCCCACAUGACGAGAUCGUGGUGGGCCCAAGGAAGCACAGACUGCAAGCAGCCCCACACCCGGCUUAUGGGGAGGAUGAUCUCUACGUGUCCGAAGACACGCCCAUCGCCUCCUUCCCGUCACCCAGGACCAGGCCGAAAGCCACGACCUCCUCCUCGCUUCCCUCAGCCACGAGAAAGUCGCGGCUGAAGAAGAAGUCCUCCACGAGCCGCGACGAUAUCUCCGCCGACUCGGACCUCAAAGUGUCUGCUUCCCACUCUGCCGACUUCGCCGACCAUUUCUGCAAGGGUCACUCAGUGUCCAGGCUUCCGGGCCCGAGGUCCGGCAUUCCCAAACCCUCUAGCAGUUCCAGAAGUGUACCAGGUGCCGAGGGUUCAGCGCUCGUCCCGAGAAACGUGCAUGGCGUGGACAGUCCUCUGGCAGCGAAGUCUUCCAGCGACACCAACUCUGUGGGCUUCCAGAACAUGUCGUUUGUGAUGCAACAGAAGGCCGGGGUCAGGCAUGACGACAUCGUGGUGGGGCCUCGCAACCGGUCCGAGGACAUCUCGUCGCCAGCCGGGGCAGAUGGGCAGCCUCUGGUGUCAGGCAAUGGGGAGUUCGGACCUCCUCAAGAUGUGGAGACUUCAUCCGAAACGACGCCUCUGAUGUCCGUAAAAGGUGGCCGUGAUGCGAAGGAUGUUUUCCCUCACGCCAAACAGGGUUGUGGUGGUGGAGGGCAUUUGGAAGCCCUUGAGAUUUCAGGUGAGGCCUGUAGUGUACAAUCUGAAGACAGAGGUCAGAGUUCACGGUCUCGCUUGUCCGGCAAACCGCAGCCCAACACUGUCAUGACCUGUGACACCAGUGGUACUCCGCCUUUCGCGUGGGCUUCUUCUGGGGAUGCCUUGGAGUGUGGUGACGUCACUGAGGAGUGUAUGACGACGCCUGUGACGCCAGAGAAGGGUCGAUGGCGGCCUAAGGAGAAGCAAAAAGUUCGUAGAGGCAAGCGCGAGGGAAACGUGUCCACCGAGUCUGGUUACGCCACCGAUAUGGCUCGGGCCGACCCCCUGGACCUCGUCCACAGCCCGGUCUCAGCGACACCUGAAAUGUUGGGUGGAUCUGACCACGCCAAUUUCCCUACUGUGUCUUCUCCUCCCGCCAAAACCAAGAGCAGCAGGUCCGGCAUGUCCAAGUCCUCACAGCAGCAGCACGGCUCUGCCGAGGCGAAGUCGUCGUCGUCGUCGAAGCCGUCGAAGCCGUCGAAGUUGUCACAGCCCAAGAAGCAUUACCACGCCCCGCCCACUCGCCUCAACAUGCUGUCAAACCUGCCGGUUCCCAUCAGCCACGACCCGCCCCCAGCGAGGAAAGCAGCUGUAGCAGCCGACACCAGCAGACUGCCUGUGGCUGAUGGCGGGCGUUCUGAGGGUGUCCCGCCACCGCUGCUGGCGACCCAAGCCGUCACCUCCGUGCCUUCCCAGCCCCGCCCGGACGGGGAGUUGUCAGACGUCGCACUGUCAAGUCCCGCCCACAAGAAAGUGACUGCCAGUGACGCGCUACCUCGGGGCGGCUCCCCACGGACCAAGCGGCGGCUGGCUGCUCAAAUGUCGCGCGAGGGAGGGGAAGAUCUCUCGGAAGUCGCCAGUGACAAGCAACAAGGUCUCCAGGCUACAAACACUGCGUCAGGGAGUGGUAAAUCGUCUCCUGCUCGUAAAAACAAUAACAACAACCACAAUAACAACAGCCACAACGGCGACGGCAGUGGAACACAGAAAGAUACACCAGCAGCCAAAAUUUUCUCCUCUCCUGUUCGACAACUGGACCAGUCACGUGACACGGACGAGGAAAGUAGCACCGCCUCCUCCGCCCACGUGACGCCGGUCAAGCCCCGCCUCCACCGCUCCGCGGAGCACCUGCCGGGCCAAGCCAAGCUCUCCGUCUUCAACUCCACGGACAACAUCCAGCACGUAGACGGCCACCAGCAACCGCACCACCUCCCCUCCCACAAACAGACCAGCCCGCACAGAAGAUUCAAACCAGACUCUUCUUCCACCACCACCACCCCAACCGGGAUGUCUGCCUUCCCCUCACGUUCCCCCUCCUCCUCCUCCACCACCAUGACCACAAACGUCCCCGCCUCCCCGUCCCCUCUCCUCCUCUCGUCCUCCCCUUCCUCGUCACCGUCUAGAAUCAAACGCUCCCACCUCCCUGUCCUUGUGGACAGCGUGAGCCCGCUGAGGAAGAAAUCGUACGACGGCCUCUCAGGCCCGCCGCCUCCGGCCGCGAUCGGCAUUGUUCGGAGGGCGUCGGACCGGGCCGAGGUGUGCCGGCGGGGGUCGGAGAGGGCACUGCUGGUGCGGCGGAAUGACCCGAGCGUGGAGGACCUGAAGAAAGCCACGAGUCUGAAGGAACUCUGCCAGUCCAUGGCCUCGCUGCUGCAGAUUGAGGGGAGAUUACGAUUCAGAUCAAGGUAGAUGCACUCAAGAUCUGGGCGCCCCGGGAACCACGAGCCGAUCACGCCAUCAAUGCUUCCCUGUUGGAGAGUCCAGGCCACCCCGGCGGAAUGGGUGAGCCGAUGGUGCAGGACGAUGACGACGUGGUCAAGCCCAGGUCCUGCUGGUGCUUCUGCUUCUCCCGCAAGUCUAAGGCUGCCCGGUCUGCCUCCACCAAGAGAAGCGGGGACAAGAAGGCUUCUGAUGGUAGAAAGUAUGUUGAAGCUCCGGCCUCGGAUGAGAAAGAAGUCAAGCUCUCAGACCAAGACGCGGUGGAUAGAAAGGACCCUAAUGUGAAGCCGCACCGCACGAAAUCAAAAGAGAAGUCGUCCAAGAAGAGCAAAGAUGUUGGGGCCAGUGAUAAGACGUCAUCUUCCAAUAAAGCCAAGGAGAAAUCGAGCAAAAAGUCAAAAUCCAAAUCGAAAGAUCGGGGGCCCUCAGGGAAUUCCCUUCCACCGGUGCCUGAUGCUGCUGCAUGCGAGACGCCAAGGGGUAAAGGUUCACACCUCACCUCUGUGCCAGACGUGGUUUACAGUGCGGGCAGCCAGCAGGUGUCCAUGCACCAGCAACAGUCUCCGGAUGUCAGCGCUUCUCGGCCAGAUCGUAAAAACGGCGGCCCUUCACCAGAGUCAUCCCCCCAGAUUGGUGGGGUUUCAGGCGGAGGUCGCAAGCCAGACAAAGAGAACUGGGACCCAAUCGUCAUGGAGUACGACCCACAACUAGAGCUGGUCAAACUUCGAGCCGGCCAGGAGGAGCUUGCAUCUCCCACACGCCAGGCAGGCCAAAUUGGCAUCAUGUGCGAGCAAUGGAAGUCUGACGGCCGCUUUUUCGCCCACAAGUCGAGCCAACUGUGCCAGAAAGUGGUGCAGGACUUCCAAAUGGACAUUGUCAAGUAUUUCGAGCAGGAUCGCGGCACGUUGGUGCUGGACGUGGUGGCUGAGGACUCCUCUGUGCUGGUUUUCAACAUCUGCAUGAAGCGAGAGCAGGUGAACAAACUGCAGGAGGAGGUCACCAGCGGACGUCUUCUGGCACGGAUUAAUGACAUGUUCCUGUCCAAAGUGGAUCUGUCGCCGUGGGACAUCCGAGGAAUCAAGUAUAACGUCGUUCUGGAUGAUCAGCAGCUGCAGACAGCGCUUUCGGAACUUUCGUAACGCGUGAGGACCUUUUCUUCCAGGGAGUACUGUGUGAUUGUUACAGACCCGAGGUACCAACAACACGCAGGUGGCUGUUGUUGUCGGCAAUGUUCUGGAGACUAGGAGACUAGGUCUAAUGUUUCCUGCUAAAAGUGUAAUAUUCGGAGAAUUUAAUUUUUUAUUGACACUGACGUGUGUGAACUUGUUAAUGAAAGUUUUGUAAAACUAUUGCAUUCAAGAAGUAGUGCUGUCAUAGUUUUGAAAAUAAUAUUUUUUAUGACAAUAUUUCUUUCAAUGUCCUUGAAUGUUAUCAAAUACAGAUUAAAAUUUUUUGUGGUAAUACAUGGAAUAAAAUGAAGUAUUUUAAGCCCAAAAAGCAUUUUAAUGAAUUUUUCACGAGGUCAUGCCAUUUCUCUCCCUGGACUUGGUUUAAAAUGUUUUGAAUAUGUUGUACAUUCACAGCGAGUAUCCAACAGGCCUUGAAAAAAAGGCAGUGUACGCCAAGAAAAUGGCACUUAAUGUUUGAUAGAUGAUAGAUGUUUUAAAUUUUCAAAGUUCCUUGUGAUAUAUAGCUUUUUAAAAAAAGAAAAAACAGUGUAGAGAAUAUAGCUUUGAUAUAGACCUUUCAGGUUAUAGAAGGUGCUAAUUUUCCAAGAAAAUCCUGAAAUCCGUAUUUCUUAAAUUUUCUGGAUUAUAUUACUCUAUUCAAUUUGAAUAAAACCAGUUUUGAUACAAGAUGUAAUAGACCAGUAAAUUUUGAGUUCCCAUUUGCAAGUUUCCAUGGUAUAGGAGAAGUUCUGGAUCUUCUUCAAUGUCAGUUGGCACCUUUUAGGUUAGAAUGCAAUAUAUAGUUGACAGAUUUCCUGAGAUUUUGCUGACAAGUUGCAGACUUUACUUAGGUCUUCAAGCCAGGCCCCUAGACUCCCCACACCCCUGCCCAGUAGUUCAGGUACAAUUAUGGUCUGUAACAAUAAACAUUCAACUCUCUCAUUUCGACUGUGCCUAAAGGUCCUCACACGAGGCUAUUCCAUAAGUCCCUCUUGAUUGAGGUUUUUCAACACACCCCUGCAGAUUAACUGCCGUCUUUAACGGCCAGGAUCUGGUUGUCCACACAGUGUGCUAUCUCUUUUGUUGACCUCACAUUCUGCGAAUGCAUUAUCUUCUGCUACACAUGGGUUAUCUUCUGCCGCUCAUGUGUUAUCUUCUGCUGAUUAUAAUGUGCAGACUCCGUGCACAUGUGUGUUACCUUCUAUCUCUUUGUGCAGAUUCUCUACACACACGCAUGUCUUGCUACAGCGGUGUGUUGUUUACGUGUGUUGUUUGCAGUGAUAGCUGUACAUGUGUAGCUAGCCCCGCGCCCCGCCUCCCCAAGAGUCGUUUAGCGACUCCAUGAUUAUUGAGUUUUACACGUAUUGGCUUAAACACACAUACUACACACCCACACCUCACUGUACAGGCAAUAAUGGAGUUUUUGAGGUUAUAUAUAGACAGGUCAUGCCGUGUCUGACUCACUUGUACCUUACUAUAUUCUUUGUGUGGCAUGAGUUAACACUGUGGUCGCACUUCUUUUAAUCUUGGCGUUUUAUUUCGCAGGUGAUAAUACUAGAAAAAUCACACAAGGUCUCCAGCAUCUGUUUAGUUUUUAAACUUUAAAAAAAAAGCCAUUUCCACGAUUGCCUAUCAUCUUGGAGAUAUUUUUUUAAAGGCUGAUAUAAAAAAUCUGCAAGAAAAUAGGGAGCUUGUGAGUUUUGUACUUGAUCUUACACUGAGUGUCUGAAAAUUUUCUUUUAGCUUUGAUGUCAGCUUGCGGUGAUGGGGCAAAAACAGUUUUGCAAUUUGAGUCGACUGCUGAGUUAUAUAUAAUGUUUCCCAAAUGAAGAGAUGGUAGUGUGUGAUUCCAGCCUAAUAGCCUGACAGGACCCAGAGUUUGAGUGUCGCAUAAAGAAAUGAAUGAGUUUGUCCUCAGCCAAUUUGAUGUCGAGACGCGACUCUGGUGUUAUUUGCUGCAGGCACAAUAUCAGUAUGAAGAUUGUUUUAUAAUGUUCUUUUUUGAAGGACUUUUUAUUUAUUUUUAAAAGCAGUUGAAUGUACAUCUACUGCACUCUAUUGUUUAAGAAAUGAGUCUAGUAAAAGAUGUUUGGGACUGGAAUUAUCCACAGGUAACUUUCGUCUGUUCUGACCUCACUUGAAGAAUAUUCUGGGAGUGAGAAAAGUUCCAUGAAGUGACUUACUUCCCGGAAUGCGUCUGUUGGACAUGACACUCCAAUCAUGAUUGUUCUCGAUUCGAAUGAUGUUUGGUGAAUGUAUGCCUCGGGACAGUUAUUUUAAAACCCUUUUUUACACAUGCAGCAUGCCAUCAAAUUUGAAUAAAUAAUAAUAAUGAAUAAUAAUGAAUAAUAAUGAAUUACAUUUUAUUGGUACCCUUGGGGAAAUUUGACAGAGACUUUAUCGUAUUUUAUGAAAUAGAACGAGUCCUGAGUACAUGGUACUGAUUUUUAAAAAUUCAGCACAGUGCGGAGUUUAUCAUUCUUGUUGAAUGGCUCAACAUGCAGACAGAGCCAUCGUGUGCUGGUCAUGAAAAAUGUCUGCAUCGCCUGUAAAAUUGAUUUGCAGUGGGCAAGAGGUCACACGAAGACUAAAAAAAGUCUUUGUAACGAGAAGAUUGGAAGGAUGAAAAACGGAGAAAUCCUGUUUUCUGUUUCGCUGACACUGAUGUGGACACACGGAGUGCCUCCAUUAUUUCCCCACUGUCCAACCCGAGGGAACUAACAGGCACUGUGGUGAGAAAAUAAAGCGAGCACAAAUACAAAGCCCUCGUGGAAGAUAAAGAGAAUCUUAAACCGAACCAAAUCAUAACACUUUUAAGAAAUGGACCAGAUAAAUUCAGACCACAAAGCGAUCAUUAUUCUUGCAGAUGUGAUGUAUUCUUUGCAUUUUGGCAAUGCUUGUGUUGUGACCAACAAAGUAUGUACAUACACAUGACGUCUAGUUCACUAUUUUUCUAUCCAUUUACCCGUAUCAUACGACGUACCCUGUAGGCCAGAUGGUUUGUUUAUCUUAACAUGCAUGUAUACACUGUCAAGACUAUUGCUCUCGUACUCUGGAACCUUUGCACGCUGAGAUGUGUUUUUUUUCCUUCUUGUCUUUAUUUAUUUCUUUCUUUGGUCAAACUCACGAAGUCUCAGUUGGUGUGGUUUGCAUGAUGUUGCAUUUUAGAUGAGGAAAAUUGUCAGUUUUUGGUUAUAAUCAUUCACAUCAGGCAGGAAUUGUACCAAAGGGCUGUCUUUGACUUUAGAGUCCUUAGAUUUAGGAGAGGAGUAUUCUUUGGAGCAGUAUAGCAUGGGCACUGGAAAAAUGAAAGAGUGAACUCACAGAGGCAAAAUGUAGGCUGGGGAUGAGGGUAGAGUUUAAGUUGGACGAGGGAGAGACUUGCGUUCAGCGUAUUGUUAAUUGCACAUCAAUUCUACUAGCUGACUGAGACUUCAUGAAUUUGACUUGUCAUGUUUUCUGUAUGGGGCACAGAGCUGUUUGUCUAUAAGUGGGUGAGAGAGAUAGAGAGAUAGAGAGAGAGAGAGAGAGACAGAGAGAGACAGAGAGAGAGAGAGACAGAGAGAGACAGAGAGAGAGAGACAGAGAGAGAGACAGAGAGAGACAGAGAGAGUUCCAUUUUAUGUGUGUGCUGUAUUAGAUACAAAAGAUUUACAUUGUGAAUGUCAUCUGUAUGACAGUCAUAGAGAUCAUGCUACUAGAUUACUCUUUAAUUGAACACAACCUCUGAAUUGCACAUUUGGGGUCUUGAAAAGUUAUGAACUCAUUUUUUUUAUCCCAAGACUUUUCUGUAGAAAAACGUACCAAAUUCAGCUGGAUAAACUCAUGCAAAAUCAUAAAUGAAAGUGGUCUAUUCCUGCAAACAUACUGUGACCAAGGUUCUGUCUACAGACUUGGCUAGUUGUUUAGGUCCCUGGAAAGUUAUAGGAUUGUUUGAAAUAAUAGGUCAAUAUAAUAUGUCCACUUUUCUUGCUUGUUGCAUGUUUCCUGUAUGUGUCCUACAGAUUUCAUUUCAAACUUUUCAUGCUGUUUGGGAAGGAGGAGAUUGAACAUUUUUUUGAAUAGUGUUUGUCUUCUCUUGUUAGAUAGUCUGUGAUGUUUGGGUGUAUGAUAUUUACAAUAGUCGAGUGUAUGUUGUUUAAAGUGGAUGAUACUCUAUUGAGUGAAUGUUGAUGAUGGUGUAUGUUGUUACCAUUGAAUGAUACAGCCUCGAGUGUAUGUUGUUAACGGUCCCUGCCACAUGAUGCACAGGUUUAGCUACCAUCUCCUGCCUUGUUUCUAUCUUCAGGGUCUCUGUAUUCUUUGCCUUAUCUCAGACUUUGCACUCGGCUCCCAGGCUGUGACAAUCUUUAUGAAGUAGGGGAGAGCAUCCCAUUAGUGGCUUAGGCUUAGGCUUUGAGUGUUCACAAUCGUCCAUAGAACUCAGUCCCUGCCUGUUCAUUUCAAACCAUCUGAUUUUCAUGGAAAGAAAGCUAGCAAUUGUUUCCGCAAACUCAUUUCACACAUUAUUCCAUAAAAUGGAGCUUAGCAGUUAAGUGUUCCUGCGCCAACACAUUUCACAUUUAUUCCUUGGAACGGCAUGAGCCUUUUUUUGCAACUGUUCAUGCAAAUUCAUUUCACUUUAUUCCAUAGAACAGAGCUUAGCAGUAGACCCUGCAAACUCUUCAUUUCACAUUGUUUCAUAGAUUAGAUAGAGCCUAGCUCUAGAUCAAACUCACUCUCAUAUCACUCUUUAGUCAUAUAUGGGAAAAGUGUAUCAUCACCAGUCGAUUUCCACUGAUUUCACCCCAAGUCGUGCAGAAUGGACCCUAGCACGACCCCAUCCUGUUUACCGCUUUUGAAGCAGACGCUACACCUCGCACCUCUGUGUCAUUGUGUUGCCCAGAAACUGGGUCAAGUGUGUGUGUUUUGCUUCUUUCUCGCUGUAGGUGCUAAGCUUGUGAAUACUAUCUGCCAUGGUUUAGAUACAAUCUGUUUUGAACGAUGCAUUACUGGUUACGCCUGCCAACUGUUCUUAAAUAAUUAUCCCUGCCUUCAUUCAUCAAGUAUUUCUGAUUGCGUUGUGGUGAUGUGCAAACUGCUCUUUAUAAACCACCGCUAAUUAACCUGGUAAAUCUGUACUAUUUGACCGCAUGAUCAAGUCAUCGUUAAAGUAGAGCCAAACUCGCUUAUAUUAUGAUUUGGACCCACUUUUAUCCCCCCCCCCUCCGUCCGGAAUUCAGAAAUGCCAAGAGAGACCCAGAUGUGUUUCAUCUAAUAUUUCUUUUGUUUUGUUGUUCCCUCUCCCCCCCCCCCCCCAAAUUUUGAGAACAAGAAGUAAGUGGUUUAUGUACUGUACCGUAAACAAAAUGAAAGAAACUGUAAUACAUAGUGAGUCUAGUUUCGGGUAAGGAUAACAUUAUAUAUGGAUGUUAUCAACUAUUUUUAUUUUUACAAUUAUCAGGCUAUUAUUAUUAUAAAUGAAAAAAUAUUCCUUUUUUUUUUAACCAUCUCGUCUUCUACCCUCCUAUCCCGUUUGCAGAAUCAUGAUAUUUGAGUUUGGCCCGGCUUAUGACAUUGUGGUCAAAAUGUUUGGAUGUGUGUAAAUGUUGACUGGGUUGAAGUAUUUUUCUGACUUCUGUGUAGGAUAGUGGGUUCUUCAGUGCUGUUUUAAGAAUGUCUACUUGUAUAAUUAUAUGAGAUAACCUAGUGCGUGAAAUAUAUUAUAAAGAGAUUGUAAUUUUUAAGGAUACAUCAAAUGUGCUGAUUUGUGUGUUGUGUGUAUCAAUGUAGUGUUUUCACUUGUGUGAGUAUGCGAUGUGUAGUGAGUAAAUGUGUAAAGCAGAUCUGUGUGGUGUAUAUGGGUUACCGUACUGAGUAUAUGAGAGAGAUGGAUAAUUUCAAAAUGGUUACCUCAUUUUUUUCCCUCAUUCAUUGACAUGCUCUUAAGACGUACAUUACACUUUGUGUCCUUAUCUGUGGAUGAGUUGCCGUUUACUUUGAUGCGAUGAGUUGCCGUUUACUUUGAUGCGAUGAGUUGCCGUUUACUUUGAUGCAAUCAAAUCUUUCAUUUGGUGCAAAGUGCAAUAAAAACAUACAAGCCAAAAA